GCGGCCACUGCGACUAUUCGACAACAUGCCGAUGCUCUUGUUAACAAGGAUGUCGAACUUUCUCAGGUCCCAGGAUUCAGAGAAAUACAGCCGAAAGAUCUGCGUCGUAAAAAGAAGAGAGGUUAAAACAACAAAGCACGAACUAACUACGUUUACACAAAAAUUCUACUUUGCCCCGUAAUG